AUCAUGAAUAUCUCGGUUUUCUCGCAAUCUUUUCCUGCAAUUUCUUUCUGAGAUUGUUGUCGAUGACGGGGUGAUGCUGUCUUCGGAGUUGAAGAGAACUGCUUCAUUCAAAGAUUGCAGAAAAAAUGGGCGACCAUUUCGCGCUGUUGGCGGGCCGGCUCCUCACGGAGUCGACGCUCGAAGCAACCGUCGGGAGCAAGGAGGAAGACCAAGGCAGAGAAAUCACCCGGAACAGGAUCGCCGGAGACAGGAUCUCCGUAGGGGAAUCACUCGAGUGCCGAAUCUGUCAAGAAGAAGACGAAGAUUUCAAUAUGGAGACUCCUUGUUCUUGCCGUGGUAGCUUGAAGUUUGCUCACAGAAAAUGUGUCCAGAGAUGGUGCAACGAAAAGGGCGACACUGUGUGCGAGAUUUGCCUGCAGCAAUUCGAGCCAGGAUAUACGGCUCCACCGAGGUUACUUCAGUAUGGGACUGCUCCGAUGAACUUCAGAGGAAACUGGGAGAUCACAAGACAGGAGGAUCUUCAUGAUUCUCAAAUCCUGGCACUUGCUCCUUCUGAGCCUGAUGAUUCUUUGCACCACCAUGACGACGACCAUUCGAGGAGCAAAAUUUGCUGUCGAGCCAUAGCCAUAACAUUCGUGGUUCUUUUGUUUCUUCGUCAUUGCCUUCCUCUCCUGAUUGGCGGACCUGAGCAGUACUCAUUCACCUUAUUCUCAUUGCUGGUGUUGAGGACUGCUGGAAUACUUUUGCCUGUCGUCGUGAUGCUCCGGACAGUAAGAACACUCCGUCAGUGCCGUCGUCAUCAGGCAGCUGGAGAAGUUGCUUACUCACAUCGCAUCCAAAUGCACUGACAUUAAAGAGAAGCAAUUCAAAUGAUGCUUGAAUUGAUCUGUAAAUAGAAGCCAAGAACCCUUGGGCUUGUGUUUAUUAUGUUUAAAAUCAUG